AUGAACAUGGAGUUCGGCAACCCAAGAAUCGCUAGGAAGCGUGAGAUCCGAACACGAGCCCCGACAGCCUGUCAGACCUGUCGGCUGCGCAAGACUCGAUGUGACAAUACCAGGCCGACCUGUAGCUACUGCGCCGUGCAGGGGAUGGAGUGCAACUAUCCCGAAACAUCACCACAGCAGAACCAAGUUGGGUUUGAACCUGGGAACCCGUCGAACAAUGAGGUACUCCAACGACUGAAUCAUAUCGCCGGUUUGCUGGAGAAUUUCAAAUCCGAAGGCUCCACCAGCUCUACUCGUUCACUCAAAGAAGGAUUUUUUGAGUUGGCCAUGCAGAACCCUAGCCCCGUAGCUGAUUCAUUGGGGAGCAAUCCACCCAGCGCCAGCACUGCUAGUAUCGAUGACCGGGGAACCGAUAAUGAUCCCCGAAUCCUUUACAUGGCUAGCUCCGGGGAGAACAUGCUCCGAUGGCCUAUUUUCAACAAGGUGAUCACCGAAGCCGAGAAACAUAUCCGAUCCUUCCUACUCGACUCGCUGGAUAACGAGCCCCGCAGUAUGCAGGCACCCCGGCAGGUUGGGAUCGGAAGCUUUGUCGAUGAGAUCCCUAGACUUUGUAGGAAGUAUUUCCUACUAUGCCACCGGAGAAACCCGAUAGUCGAUCUAGACAGUCUAGACCGCUAUGCCAAGGAGGUCACUGUCCAGGGUCUUGGAUGGGAUGGUCCCUCGUGUCAAGUGUUGUUAGCGUGUGCCUUAGCUUCGUGCACAUCAUCAAAGUUUGUUCCCCUAGCGGAGGACAUGCCAGCGAAUCUCGAUGGACUCCAAGCACCACCCUUGUCAGACGCCAAUCUCGAUUUGGCAGAGACAUACUUCCACGCUGCAAAGCAGAGAUUUGGCUUCUUGCACACCACUCCAACAGAUAUUCAAUGCUUCCUUCUUGCCGGAAGCUACCACAGACAUGCCAUACGACCUUUGCAGGCUUGGUUCUGUUACCAGCAGGCAUCUUGCAGAUUAGAAGUUCGUUUGCGAUCGCUGUGUAGAGAGCAGUGGACCGCUGAUGACAACUACCAUAACCUGGAGUCGAGAUUAUAUUGGUCCUGUAUCCAAGCGGAACAUGAGAUGCAGAGCGAGCUCCCUCUCUGGAGCAGUGGUCUUGAAAGCCUGGGCUAUUCAGAUCCAUUCCCUAAAUUCUCUCGCAGAUCUCCUUCUUCAUAUGACCAAAUGGAUGAAGACCAAGAUUUCGCAGUCAAGCCAGGGUUUGAAUUGGAUGGCACCGAAGAAGAGAAAGGGUGGAAAUUCUACAUCGGGUCUAUCUGUAACCGCCGGACCACUAAUGACAUAGUGUCUGACAUGUGGCGUCAAGGGGAGCAAGGCUGGACCAAAGAUAUCCCCGAUCUCCUAAGAAAAACAAUGGACGCGGAGCGUGUUGUAACAUCAUGGUACGAAAUCUCGCUAGCGGGGAUCCAAUCCCAAAAAGACAACCCAGACCUGAGGUUCUUCUUCCGCGGGCGAUACCACAUGGCACUGGAGAGGAUCUACCGACCAGCGUUCUACCUCGCGAUGCACUUUCAAGGGAUGCCAACGUUCAUCAGGAAGAACAACCCAAUGUGGGCCGAAGUGUUUCACCUAGCCCAAAAAGCCAUUGACAACUGCGUCACACUGAUACCAAGCUACUGGUAUCAGUUCCGACACGAGUGGAUCUGGAACGUGGUUCGCGCUAGCUUCGCCUGUGCUGUGCACAUCCUUGGGGCUGUCUUAUAUCAGCUUGAGGCAUGUCGGGACCCUAGUACGUGGCAGGUGCGUUUACCGACGAAUUGGACUGCUUUGGUGAGGCUGUCGAUUCGCACGCUGAAGCAUUGGUCGGCGGAGUCUACUGAUCUAGAGGUUAUGGCGUCGACUCUUGAGAGGAUGUAUCAGGGCACUUGUCGGUUGGCUAAUGUGCGUCCGGAUCUUCAUCUGAUUUGA